CCGCCACAAGCGUUCAGGCGGUGUAAUCGCAGCGCGACUCUCACAAACCUACACGCAACUAUGGAUUAUCGGCCUCUGUGCGUGCCUACGGCUUAGCUCCAACGCGGAGGAAUGAAUUGGGCUUUAUGUCGCAUUAUGUAAACCUCAGAGCUCGGAAUUUCAGAUUCUCGACUCGGAAGUGGCAACUGGAAUGCCCCCUCAAAUCGGUUUUUCGACUCAGAAGGUCGGAAGAACCUCAACGAAAUCCAAGAUCCAUAUACCAACAGUAUUAAUAGCCGUAGAUUUUACUGUUUGUUAAUAAUUCUUUCAUUAAAUGUGUCGUACACAUAAUACAGUACAAUCUGUUACUACAGCGUUAGUAUGCGUGGGAUACCGCGUAAUGCGUUAUUAUGAAUUGUUUUUGCUAACAAUGGCUAGCUGGCUAACCUAAACAUGGUUGUCGUGCAACUGGGACGCUAUCAACUCGGAAGUGUAAUGGAACGCGGCUCUAGUAAUGGGUUUUGUCGUAACUUGGUUGCUUGCUGUAAAAUGAUAACUGUUGACUUUCAUGAUUGUUCGAAAAACUGGGGAAAAACUGGAAAGAAAUUGGGGCUAUAGUCUCCAAUUCGAAAGGGACACUGCUUCUCCCCACAUCAAGUAUGUUCUCGUGGUCUGUUUGCGCGUUGUUAGCAGGGUUUUUGAGUGCGGCUGCCUCCCUGUCUGCAAAGCUUUCCCUUGGUGCAGACUACACGAGAGACAUGUGUAAGUUAACGAUGGAAAAAUACGGUGGAACAACAGAUUGUGACUGGCUCCAUGCCCCCCUGCGGCUGCUGUGUGGAGCUCUGCUGUUCACCUGCAACACUGUCAUGUGGUCCUUCUUCUCUAAGGCUCUCCGACACUGCUCCUCUACAGCCAGAGCUACAGUCACUACCACUGCGUCCAAUUUCAUCUCCUCGGCCCUCCUGGGAAGGGUGAUUUUUGGAGAGACGCAUGCUGUUCUAUGGUGGGCAGGCAUCUCUGUCACCCUGUGUGGACUGCUGGUGCUUCAUCUAUCCACACCUCAGUCUUCCCCACAGGGGGAGGGGAAAAAGGACGACUAAUGGAAGUCACUUAAUUUGUCCCAAUCUAGUGGCCUCUGCCCCUCAUUCACAGUCACAGCAAACUUUGGUCAACCAAGUUGUUAUAAAUUUGCUUCAUAAAUAAAGACAACAUUGACAAACUGUGGCAGGACUCCCUUAGAGACACAUAAUGGAAUCUCUCAGACACUCACUUAUGAAAAGAGGAAGAUCAUUGUAUUAAUAUAAGAGCAGGUAAAACAUGUUGCACAGAUCUGACAGUACAUACAGUUCGAGCAGUCCCAGACACCUCUUCACACACACUGAUAUGUCCCUGUGGCAAGUUUUUCUUUUUUUCCCAUUAGAAUAUAUUGUUAGCCCAUAGAUGUGACUUUGUCACUAAAUUGAGAUUAUAGCAAGUUUUGGAUCAAUAUGCACUAUUUAAGAAGAGCCAGAGCACUGCAGACUGUAUCUGAUCAGGUGCCAGAGAUCUUUUGGAGUGCAGGGGGCGCUCCUGGCGACUUUUUAUGACUCUGGUGGUAUCUGUUGUCUUCUUAAGAGUAGUUUGCUGAGGCAGCAGCAUUUCAACUGCUGAUAGGAAGAGACUGGAUAGUCUGAAUAUGAGGACUAGCUCAGUCCUGGGAUACGCACUUGACAUAGUGGGGGUAGUGGGACAGAGGAGGAUGAUGGCGAAGCUGUCUUCUCUAAUGGAAAACCAGUCCAGACCAUAACAGCACUGGGCAGCUCCUUCAGCGACAGACUGACUUCCCUGUGUCUGAAGGAGAGAUAUCGCAGGUCAUUUCUUCAGAGUGUUCAACCAGCUCUGCUCCUUGCAAAGACUACAUUCAACACCAUUAUGGACUGCACUUAUACACUUGGGGUGGCUGUGGCUGAGGGGGUAGAGCGGURGUCCUCCAACCAGAAGGUCGGAAGUUCAAUCCCCAGUCUUCCCAUCUGCAUGCCAAAGUGUCCUUGGGCAAGAUACUGAACCCCAAAACUGCCCAAUAGAACAUCAAAAAAAGUGCUAGCUAUAGAAGCACUGUAUGAAUGCAUGUGUGAAUGGGUGAAUGGAAAACUGUAGUGUAAAGCGCUUUGAGUGGCCUUCAAGACUAGAAAAGCGCUAUAUAAAUACUUUACCAUUUACACUUCUCAACUGUGCAAUAUUCACUGUGCCAUAUUCAUCUGUCUGUGCAAUAUAAAACAGUUCAUGUGCAAUCCAUUAACUGUACAUAUUCUCUCACAUAGUAUAUUUCUGUUCACUGUAUUUAUUAGUUUAAUUCAUUCAUAUUUUUCUUUAUUACUGCUGAUGUGUUUUUGGGGCUGUAAUAUUGCAAAUUUCCCCAUUGUAAAAAGAAGAAGAAGAUUUACUUUAUUGUCAUGUUUUACACUUUUACAUGCAUACAUGAAAUUGUUCUCUGCAUUUAACCCAUCCAGUUGGCACCUGUCAAAACACGCACGUGAAUAGAAACACACAUAGACAGAUGCCAUGUACACACAUACUGGAGCGGUGGGCUGCCGUUGUCAGCGCCCGGGGAGCAGAUGUUGGUCAUAUAAUAAAGGAUUUCUUAUUAUUAAAUAAAAUAAUCAUCUUUUU